AUGUAUUAUCAAGCUUAACCUCCUAUGAUGCCACUUGCACAUAUGAUGAAUAACCCAGUUUAAAUGUAAUAGGUGACUAACAUAAGAAAACCUGACUUUCCACCUGAUGUAUGAUAUUAUAAUUAGUAUAAGAUGCAACCAAUAUUUGUAAUACCAUAAAUAGCGCAUAUUAAAUCUUAACCUAAGCCAAAAUGCAGAGCUUAUGAUCCAAUAUUAGGUUUAGGUAGAAAGGCUGAAUGGAUGAUUGAUAAAUUUGAGGAUGAAUAUGAGUAAAUGUAAAGAGAGGAAAGAGAGAAGGGUAAAUUUGAAUGAAUAUAAAAGAUAUUAUAAAACCAUCUCGAAAGCCAGCUAAAAUAUUAAAGAGAUUGGAAAAGUAGAAUCUUCACAAUGAAGAAUUAAAGAAAAGACUUUAAUAGUGGAAUCCAUUUGAAGAUCCUAAUAUUACAUCAGAACCUUAUAAAACAUUAUUUGUGAGUAGAUUGAAUUAUUCUACAACUGAUAAAAAACUACGUAAAGAAUUUGAAGAAUAUGGACCAAUCAAAUCAAUAAGAAUCAUACGUGAUUCUACAUAAGAUAAGCCUAGAGGCUAUGCAUUCAUUGGUAAGGGGGUGAUCUUAAAUUAAAAGAGUAUGAAAGCAAGAACAGUGUUAAAUAAGCUUAUAAAUAUGCAGUAGAUAAGCGUAUAGAUGGUAGAAAGUUGGUUGUAGACAUCGAAAGAGGUAGAACUAUUCUAAAAUGGAGACCCCGUCGACUUGGUGGUGGUUUAGGAGAAUUGAGAAGAUCAAGAAGUGAAGAAAUACUAAAAAAAACUAAAGAAGAACAUGUUGAAAAAGAUGAAGAAGAUAAAAGAAGAAAAUCAAAAAAAGGUAUUUCUAUCUCUUACAUAUUUUUAGAUGAAGUUAAGGCAACCAAAAAACCUAGAGAAAGAUCAAGAUCCAAAUCAGUCAAAAAACAUAAGAAGAGAGAUGAAAGUCCUAUUAAAAAAUAAAAAAGAAGAGAAAAAUCUAAAAAAAAGCAUAAAUGAGUAGAUAAUCAAUUAAAACGUAAUAAAAUAGGUGGA